CAGUCGUUGACUUCGACUUCCUGAGAAAGGCCACUAUAAUGGAUGUUCCCUUUCUGAAGGAUCAUCUUCUUCAUCUGUUCGAUAUGUUAUUGUAGAUCUAGUCUCAAAUUGCUCAUACCUUCCCAUCACCCAUAAUGGAUGUUCCCUUUUCUGAAGGAUCAUCUUCUUCAUCCAUUAAUAAUCACAAACAUGACGUAUUUAUAAGUUUUCGAGGUGAAGAUACUCGUAGGAACUUCAUUGAUCAUCUCAAUAAGACCCUCCAGCAUGCCAAUAUCUCUACCUUUUUAGAUGAAGAAAAGAUUGAUACGGGAAAAGUUCUGAAACCAGAAUUGGUGAAUGCGAUUAAAUCAUCUAGGGCUUCUAUUAUUGUCUUGUCCAAGAACUACGCUAGUUCAUCAUGGUGCCUUGAUGAAUUGGUUCUGAUCCUUAAACAACCCAACCAAAUUGUUAUCCCUAUCUUUUAUCAUGUUGAGCCCACCCAUGUCAGAAAGCAAGAAAGUACCUUUGGAGAUGCAAUUGCUGAGCACACACGACAGAUGAAAGCAGAGAAAGAUGCAGAUGAAAGAACUCAGUCUGCUCAAAGGAUUAAAGGAUGGAUUGAUGCGCUUAAACAAGUUGCUAAUUUAAAAGGGGAGGACGUACGGGGAUGGUAUGAGACGGUGUUCAUUAAAAAGAUUGUUGAUGACCUCAACUACAGAUUACAUGUACCCUCUAGAAGUGCAUUGCCAGAACCUAUUGGGAUGAAAGAUUCCAUUAAUUUUGUUACAUCAUGGCUGAAAAAAGAACCCUCAGAUAGGGGAGACGUACUCACUAUUUUUGGUAUGCGUGGGAUUGGGAAGACAUCUUUAGCCCAAUAUGUCCAUGGGUUACAUUGUUAUGAAUUUGUCACAAGCAGCUUUAUUAAAGACAUCGAUAGGAGAUGCGAUGACAAAUUGUAUGGGUUGCGUGAUAUAGCAGCAGAACUCUAUGGUUGCAUUUCAAAAGGAAGUUCAACUCAAGAUUAUGAUGUUUCCAAAUACACUUCAAAGAUAGAGAAUAUAGUAGCAAACGAAAAGGUGUUCCUUGUUCUUGAUGAUAUUAAUACUCUGGAUCAGUUAAAUGCAUUACUUGGAAGAAAAGGGUUUUAUCAAGGAAGCAAAAUCAUAAUAACGACAAGGAAUACAUGGUUGACAGAGAGUUGUGACUUAUUCAAGACGGAAGUUAAACCCACACAUGAAAAGCACAAGCUUGAAGGCUUAGAUGACACCGAAGCACUAGAACUUUUUUGUUCUCAUGCGUUCAAGUCCAAGGAUCCGAAGAAAGGUUAUGGAGAGAUGUCAGAAAAGUUUGUGAAUUAUUGCAGAGGACAUCGAUUAACUCUUGAAGUUUUGGGCAUGUCUUUGUAUAACAGACAAGAUGUGGCUUAUUGGGAAGAUCGCAUAGAAGGGCUAGGGAAAGACCCUGUAGAGAAUGAAUUGAGGAAGAGCUUUGACUCUUUGCCAUCGGACAAUGAUAAGGAAUUGUUCAAGCAUAUUGCUUGUUUUUUUGUCGGAACAGAUAGAGUUUAUACUGAAACAAUAUUAAAGGCAUGUAAAAUAAGAGCAAACUCUGGGAUCACUGAUCUCAUGGACAAUUGCCUUCUUAGUGUUGGAUGGAAUAACGAAUUAGUGAUGCAUCAGUUGCUUCAAGAAAUGGGAAGACACAUAGUACGUCAAGAAUCACCUGACAAGGCAUGGAAGCGAAGUCGGUUAUGGUGUCAUGAGGAGUCAUUCAAAGUGUUGAAAGAAAAAAAGGGUACGAGAAAGGUUCUGGGCCUCAGCCUUGACAUAAGAAGACUUGAGAUCAAUGAGCCACUUGAAACAGAAGCUUUGAGGAAGAUGGAUGAGUUGAAGCUACUACAACUCAAUUGUGUGCAAAUGAAUGGGUCUUACGAGAACUUUCCAAAACAAUUAAGAUGGUUGUGUAUGCAUGUGUUUCCUUUGGACUAUAUACCUUCAAACUUACCGAUGAAGUAUCUUGUUGCUCUCGACAUGUCAUAUAGCAAUAUCACAUCAUUUGGUGUUUCUUAUUGUGAUUCACAACCUCAGAAGAGGCAAAGGCAGUUGACUGGAUCAUGCUCAAAAGACAAAAAGUUGCUUGGGUCACUUAAGAUUCUUAAUUUAAGUUUCUGUGAUAUGCUUUGUAGUGUGGUUGGCUUCGAAGAUUUCCCUGCACUUGAGAGGAACAGGUUCAGUAGCAAACCGUAUGGAGGAAUUAGAAAGCACAAUGAGUAUCUUUCAAUCAAAAUCGAUUCCUUGGAGACUAAUAUGCAAUCAAUGAUAAAAACAAUUGGAAUUUGGUUCGGGAAGAAGAUUCGAGCUGCUUGUCAUGGCACGGAUAGAUGUGUUUUUCGAAUCGGUUGUCAAAUGAGCAAUGACAAAAGUGUUGAAAAGCUUGUUAUUGGAAGAAGAUUGGAGCUGCUUGUCUUGGGUUCAGAGUUGGGUUCGUAA